UUAGCUUUAGCUACUAAUAAGUGGCUUGUGGUCGCGUUAUCGCUUUGUGUGCGCACAUAUAAAGUGGCACAGUAUGCCUUCUCAGAGGCGUCACAGAAGCCGUGUAAUUCGACUUUGUGUUUGGGGGAGUAGUUUACCCACCGUGGGAUUUGUAUCUGUGAGAUAUCGUUUAGAUUGCUCGCGAACUGUGACCACUUUUCUAAACGAAGUGGUUUUACUUGUUCGUCCCAAUCGGUCCCAUCUAGCCAUAAUUCUUGUAUCAGGAUUUUAGCUUGUAUCAUAAUUAACGAAAGCCAUUCUGCGGGGUCGAAAAGUUUUGCCACAGAGGAUAGAAUUUGGCGUUUUGUAAUGGCGGAUACUGCAGAUAUUGACCUCGGUAUAUGUUUUACUAUAUCGGGAUGAUUAGCAGUAAUCUUUUCCAGUGGAAACCCUGCGGUUUUGAGGGCUCUUAUAACCAGUGAUAAGGAUUCGUAUGCUUGUGGAAGACUGUGACUUCCAGACAAAAUGUCGUCAACAUACAUACGUUUGCUUUUUUAACACCUGGGCCCGAAUCGCGGCAGUCGUGAGCGAGCAAGUAAUCGUAUCGAAUGAAAUUUCGUAACGUGUCGAGUGUGCGGAUCGUCGCACUCGAUACGAAACGAAUAGAAAUUUUAUGAAAUAACUUCCCUGGUGUAGCUCUAAAUGACUUUUUCGAAUAGCGAAACAAAACAAAAGAAAGAAAUAUUUGAAUUGGAAUUGAAUGUAAAUAUUCAAAUUUAUUAUACGUUUAUACAUAUACAUAUAAAUUUACUAAAUUUAGUUUUUGCAAGCAAAAAAAAAUGAACCCUAACGUGUUUUUUUAUUCAAGUUCAUCUGAAUCAGAUGAAGAACAUCAGCAAAUGGCCAUAAGGUCCAGGAUCCGUGACAAAAGUAAUCCCCUGGCUUUACCUGAAGCAGCAUUCAGGAAGCGGUUUAGACUGACCAAAGACGCAUUUACAUUCAUCUUAUCGGAAAUAGAAUUUAACGGACAUUUGUCAACCGCAGUACCACCAAUUCUUCAAUUAGCAGCGACUUUGUCCCUUUUGGCGAGUGGAGGCUAUCAACACUCAGUUGGAAACGACUUUUUAAUUGGAAUGUGUCAAAGCACGGUGUGUAAAAUUGUAGGGGACGUAGUUAAUGAAAUGGAGACAAAACUUUGUCCACAUUUCAUUAAGUUUUCGCCAAACCGUUUAUCUAAGUGCACAGAAUACUUUGUUGAGAAAUAUAAAGUUCCAGGAGUUAUCGGAUGUAUUGACGGUACACAUUUUGGCCUUCAAAAACCAACUGUGAAUGAACAUAUGUUUUUCAACAGAAAAGGAUACCACAGUCUUAAUUCAAUGAUAAUUUGUGAUUACGAACAUCGAAUUUUAGCUAUUGAUUCAAAAUAUGGUGGAGCCGCUCACGAUUCCUUUGUGUGGAAGCAUUCUGCGCAGAGGAGAUUUUUGGAGGAAGCAUAUAAUCAAAACAAUAUGAGAAAUGUCUGGCUUUUGGGUAAUAUAUGCACUUAUACAGCUGCAAAAUAUAUUUAUAAACAUAUCUACGUAUUUUCUCAAUUAACAGGAGAUUCUGGAUAUCCUUUGGAACCAUGGUGUUUGACACCAUUUAGAAACCCCGAAGUUGGCUCGUGCCAAGCACGGUUUAAUGAAAUCCAUGCAAAAGCACGCUGUAUUGUUGAACGAACCAUUGGUAUACUGAAAGGCCGGUGGAAAAUUCUUACCAAUGAUAAAAGAAGUCGGUAUAGUCCUGAAAAGAUGGCAAAGUUCGGCAAUGUAUGUGCAGCGUUGCAUAACAUUUGCAUACAAUGUAAAAAUUCAACAUAUUGCAGAUAUUUUGUAAACGAAAAUAAUGAUACAGAAAUAGAUACCGGAAAUGAGACUCAAUUAACCAAAAUUGGUCAUAAAAUUAGAGAUCACAUUAUGUUGUCUUUAGAUAAUAAUUGAAUUAAACGUUCCAACAACAUUUGAAUUCAUAAGUAUUUUAUUUUAACAAAUAUAUUUUCAAUAAAGAA